CACGUAUCACUUAUACUCUUCAUCUAUCAUACGGCCAUUUGGGAACAAUGGCGUUGACUGUGCUUCCUUUGGCUGUGCUAGCUUUAAUUGCUGGUUUUAUGAUUCAAUAUCUAUACCGCUAUCGGCAACAACAGGCAGACAAAGCUCUCGGUGAGCGUCAUGGCUGCCUACCAGCCCCACGGCUGCAAAAUCAAAGGCCUUUUGGGAUUGAUCGCCUCGAACAGAUCUUCCGAGCAGAUUCCGAAUCGCGACUAAUGGAACUUUUCUUGUUUCAUUUCCGCCAGACCGGGAAUACUCUAGAGCAGAAAUUUCUUGGCACUAAGGCGUAUGGUACCAUAGAGCCAGCCAAUCUCGAGGCUAUAUUCUCUACCAACUUCAAAGAUUUUGGCAUGGGGCCCCGCCGAGCUAUCACUUUCCCAAUGUUUGGAGAUGGCAUCUUUACACAGGAAGGUCCGGUCUGGAAGCACUCAAGGGAUAUGCUGCGACCGCAACUGCAACAUAAGCAAUACGAAAGCCUAGAAGUCUUCCGAACUGCUGUCGAUGACCUGAUUCAUCUUGUUCAACAAAGCAAUGGCACAAUCGACCUUCAGCCCUUGUUUUUCCGCUUAACCCUUGAUACAACUACGGCUUUUCUUUUUGGCGAGUCAGUGCGGAGUCUGAUCAUCCCAGAAGCUGUCGGGGAGCGAACCUUUGCAACAGCCUUCAACACUGCUCAACAAUGGGUCACCAAACGAUUUCGACUUCUCGAUCUCUACUGGAUUAUUAACGGCAAUGAAUUCCAGCAAGCUUGCAAAGAUGUGCACAAGUUUGCAGAUCAAAUAAUAGAUCGCAAUCUUUCAGCAAACCGAGAUGACGGCGCUCAGUCGGGAAAAUAUAUAUUUCUAGAUACCGUUGCGCAGAACACCUCGGAUAAGACUGCACUAAGAGGCCAAAUUAUCAACCUUCUUGCUGCGGGAAGAGACACGACAGCUUGCCUGCUUUCCUGGACGUUCUUCUUACUUGUCCGUCAUCCUCAUGUCAUGGACAAGUUACGCACAGAAAUUGCUUCGGCAUGUGGGGUAGAUUCAAAUCUCAGUCGUGACAAGCUUAGGAAAAUGUCCUAUCUGCAAAACGUUCUAAAGGAAACCCUCCGACUUUACCCAUCUGUUCCUGUAAAUACCCGCACAACAGUGAGAACUACUGUACUUCCUACUGGUGGAGGCCCCGAUCGAAAAUCUCCUGUUCUGAUCCCUGGUGGAAGUGCUAUAGCCUUCAGUGUAUAUUCUAUGCACCGACGGCCAGAUCUCUACGGAAUGGAUGCUGAACUAUUUCGCCCCGAAAGAUGGGAUGAAGACAUGCCUAUGUACCAGAAUCCAACCAACUCAAAGUGGGGCUAUCUUCCAUUCCAUGGUGGCCCUCGGAUCUGUCUUGGAAUGGAUUUUGCACUCAGCGAAGCUGGGUACACAGUUGUACGCCUUCUACAGAGAUUUCAGAAUAUCAAACUUCCCGAAGGUGAGACUGUGGAGUUGAUUGGUGUGGAAAAGCAGGUUAUGACAUUGGUUGUGGCUAUUAAAGAUGGGUGCAAGGUUGAAAUCAGUUAGUGAAUAGGUACGGUUGCAACGCACGCUUUGAUAACCAGAAUUAUAGUUGGGACGAGUAGCCGCC